GAUCAAAUCUAAUUCACAGAAAUAAUGUUAAAUUACAUGGGUGUUUCUCUUCAAAAGAUUAGAUUAACUUGGCAACUCUAAAACGUAGCUACACUGCAUAUUAAUUCUAGUCGGGAAAAAGUCACUCAUGAUAGAGAGUCAGUUUUAUUCACUUUUCAUCAGUCAUAUAAAAUCGCAGUUUCUAUUUGUGCUUUAUAGUUUUAUUUUCUCUCUUAUUCUCUCCUUUAAUGCUCUAUCAACAAUCAAACCAUAAUAUCUACUUCUAGUCCAGUCUCUCUGGCAUAUAUAUCAAGUGCAAGGAUAAAUAUAAAACUGAGAAAUAUAAUUGUUGUUGCCUCAGAUUUUUUACAUGAAGAUUACUACAUGGUUAGCUAUCCAAACGAACAGAUAAUAAUAUUUUCUAAAUUUUUACGAGUAGUAAAUAUAAACCGUUUAUGUUGUCAUUAAUUGCCUUUUGUACAUACACGGUACAAACAGUGCCAUCCUCCAUAAAUCCCCCAUACAAUUUGUGUUGAUAGAUGAGCUGAUUUCUUCAGAAAGAAGUGUUUCAUCUAGUGUUUCAUCGUUUUCUUGUCAAACUGGUUUGUAUGGUGACAUCACACACUGGGUCAGGAUAAGUCACGUGAUCAGUUCCCUUCCCUUCACCUGCAGCCCCAGGGCGGAAGACAGGUGUAAGUAUCGGUACCAGUUUGCUUUGUAAGGGGAAAAGCACGGUUUUAAAUUCACCCUGUGAGGCAAUGUAACUACCCUAGUUCGCUCAGCUGCUAGAACCAUUCCCAUGUCUUUUGGAAACGGGUCAGCGUCCCGCUUUGAUCGGGUCCGCGAUAUGCCUUACUAUGAUCAAGUGCCCAUUGGCUCACUGCCGUGGGGUCAGCAAGCUCCUUACCCACUCGGUGGUGAAGUGGCAGCAUCUAGCUAUGACAGUUUACCACCACCGCCUCUCCCCGGAAACCCUCCUGUUGGCCCUGAAUUCUACCCGAGUGAUGUUGAAGACCAGGUGGAUGAUGCCAUGGACAUCAAACCCGUCCGACGCUUCAUUCCUGACUCUGUGAAGAACUUCUUCAGAGCCAGUGGCAACCGAGGUAGCAAGAAAUGGACCUUUCCACCACCACCACCUGAUGUCAACAUCACCACCGAAGGCGUCCCGUGCUCUCCACCACACUCACGUGCACCCUCACCUACAGCCCCCAGCUCUUACCUAGACCCUUAUGGAGGGUCUGGAGGCAGCUACAAUUCAAGGAAGGAGCAGGCAACGUUAUUAGGGGAGCCGCUGGAAUCGGUGUCCGGUCGCUCUUUGAAGACGGCUAUGACUUACAGUGAGAAGGUGGAGGAAUACAACCAGCGCUAUGCAUAUAUGAAGUCCUGGGCUGGACUUCUGCGCAUUUUGGGAUGUGCAGAGUUGCUUUUAGGGGCUGCUGUUUUUGCAUGCGUCUGUGCAUAUGUGCACAAAGAUAAUGAAUGGUUUAAUAUGUUUGGUUACUCCAUGCAUCAGAUGUAUGGGGGAACAUCAAUGGGUGGGAUGUAUGGAGGAGCUGGAACUGGAAUUUCCUACUCGGGACCCUUGACUCCUUUUGUUAUUGUGGUGGCUGGAGUUGCAUGGAUAGUGACUAUCAUUCUAGUAGUGUUAGGCAUGACCAUGUAUUAUCGUACCAUUCUCCUAGACUCCGGCUGGUGGCCAAUCACAGAGGGUGUGGUAAACUUGGUGUUAGCGUUGCUCUACUUGUCAGCUGCAAUUGUGUAUGUGCGAGACACAGUGCGUGGAGGUCUCUGCUAUUAUCCACAUUUCAACGCUGGACCCAAUGCGGGGUUUUGCCGAACAGAGGCUGGACAGAAUGCUGCCAUCAUCUUCCUCUUUCUCAACAUGCUGUUGUAUCUCGUGGGAGCAUGCGUGUGCCUGAAGCUGUGGAGACAUGAAGCAGCAAGGAUGUACAGAGAGAGAAUGGGUCAAGAAAUGAAAUCAGAAGGACUUCCACUCCAUAUGAUUGGUGCCGGCUCAAGUGUCUCUGUGCCCAUCCUAACCGCUCCAGUAAUGUCCAGUCCAGAAUCUUAUGAUGGCAAACCUGCCAACCCAGUUAUGAUGGAACCAGAGAUCUUAAGGGGUCAUAUUCCUGCUGGCCACAUCCCAAAACCUGUGGUUAUUGCAGACUAUGUGGCGAAAUAUCCCACAAUCCAGUCUGAUGAGGAAAGGGAGCGAUACAAGGCUGUGUUUAAUGAUCAAUAUGCAGAAUAUAAAGAGUUGCAUGCUGAGGUUCAGGUCUUAACGCAGAAGUUUGAGGAAAUGGAUAAUCUGAUGAGGAAUCUCCCACAGCAGCCUUCCAGUCAAAUGGAGCAAGAGAGAAUCAAUGGCAUUAUUCAAGAGUAUAACAGAAAAAAGGCUGACCCGACAUACCAGGAGAAAAGGGAGAGAUGUGAAUAUCUGAAGAGUAAACUUGCACACAUAAAGCAGAAAAUUCAGGAGUAUGACAAAGUAAUGGACUGGAACGAUGGUUACAGCUAAACAGAACUCCAUUAUACUUUCUUCAAAGAGGGUCCCAGAAAAGAAGCAACUGUCCCAAAAAAAAAAAAAACAGUCCAUGGCUAUACCUUCAGGAAUUAACAGAGUUUUUGGUUUGGUCUUGGUAUUGAAAUAAUUUCAUAUUGAAUUCAAUGGCAAGAAAAUACAAAGAAAGACACCUACCACUUUAAACCCAGUGAAAAUGUCCCCUUCUCAUACUGAUAAUUAAUGUGGAGCAACAUGAGCAAUGUUUUGAUCAUAUAUAUUAUAUAUGAUGUUUUUAUAUAAACUUUUUAUUUUAGAAGUAGGUCCUUUGUAGAAAAUCACUGGAGUCUUUGAGCUUCCUGUAGUUAAGUGGAGAUAGAAAUAGCUCUCAAAUGAUAUUUGUUUAAAAAGUAAUAUCUCUAAUGAUUUUAAAUUUCUUGGUAUAUUUAUAGUUUAAUUUUCACUUUUGUGUCUUUUAUACGGUACAGAUAUGUGUGACUUAUAUGUAAAUAUUUUAUCACCAUGUGAAUUUAUCCUUCUAUUUCAUUUUUUUUUCAUUAAUAUUGGAAGUAGAUAAAAUAAACAUCUUUUUUAACUAAAUGAA